ACUGCCAAGGGAGCAGUUAUCUUGUUUCCACAGAUGGGUGUCAUAUAUCUUUCGAUAUUUUAUAUUCCCAAGGGAAAUACAGCAUUUGAUUACGUCGUGCGGGUAAUCUUUCCACUUCAGGGAGCUUUUGCAGCUUUGGUAUUUGUUGCGUGGAACUCAGAGGUUCGUCAGAGCGUCAGACAGCGUUGUAUUCAGUGGUGGCACCGAAACAGCCCUAUGGAGAAAGGUAAAUCAAGCAGCUCUGUGGAGGAGCACUGCCACAACAAAAUGCAUACGAAUUUACCAAUGACUUUUGAAGAUUUUCUGAGGUGUAGAAUGGCAACAUCCUCAAGUUCUCAUCCACCAACUAGGCUCACCAGCAGCGAAACAAUCCGGUCAAACCAAGAAGAAAUGCUGGAUUUGUCACUGAGCCCGCAAUCAAUCGUUAAGUUCCCAAAGACACCUUCCGAGAUGAUUGAGCUAAGAGAGAUUAGGCAACUGUCACGACAGAGGAAUAUUCCCGAGGACGUUUGUUAUCCUCAGCCAAGCUGUAGCCAGAAAGUUCCGGUGGUAAUUCAUGUCUCAUCUGCUGUCACACCCAACUGUACCUUCUCACUUUCAAACACGAAGCAUAAAGCAAUUGAAGCCCCAGCCCGACCCCACAGAGAGCGUGUCUCUACGGGAUCCUUCGAAGGCGUGCAUGACCUUGAGUCGUACAUCUGCUGUCAUCCAAUACAGGCUCAAUUUCAGCCCAUAAUGCGCGAGUCGGCAGACUCUGGUAUUGAAGAAUUUCACGGUGAGAAGCGCUUGUCCACCGAUAGCAUGUGGUUUGAGGAAGAGAUUCAUCUGGAUCAGCCACCGCCACUACAAGCCACACUCGCACCCUUUCAAACCAACAGAGUUCUGUUUUCAAAGAGGACGAGUUGCCCCGCAGUCACCGCUCUGCAUUCCAAACCGCUGAAACAAACCCUGCCAUACAACGUCCGCGAGGCAUUCAAAGGCUAUGGUGUUUGUGAAGACGCGAAGCAAAUGAAAGAACCGCAGAGAUUGACAAGAUCUGAGAGCUUGUUUUGCGGCUCAGGUUCUCAAGUGUUCCCUAUCUCGUCAAGUAGUUAUGCAUGGGCUAAAGGCAAACAGAAGUCUAGGAAAAAGGUCUUGCAAGAGAGGUCAUGUAAAUGAGGACACUUGGACUAAGAUAAUAUGAGCUUUUUUGAUUUUGAAUUUUUUCCUUUUAUCGAGAGAAAUUUUUCAAGUCAUGUUUCAGUUCUUAAAAACAUGCUUAAAUAUGAAAACCAUCUCUAAAUAUUUAUGCCCUUCUCUCUAUAAGACUCCCCCUUUUUUGUCCUUCCCUUAACCCUAUACCUGCCAAGAUCUCUUUAGUAAUUCUCCUUACUAUCUGCCAUACAAUUCUUGUGAUGUUAGUUCAGAGAAUUUUGCACUGGAUCAACUAAUAAUCCCCUAAUUGAUAUUUUUCUUUACUCUCAUGGCUUGUCUGCUUGAUAUUGUAUUGGUAUUAUAAGGAGAAAUUCUGUUUUGGUCACUCAUGGGAGUAAAAGGGUUAAAAGAAACUUUUAAGAAUUAGUUUAUGCCACUUAUUGUUGCAGUUUGUAUUCAUUGUAUUGGAAAGCCUAUAAGUGUUUGUAUUUAAAAUUUACCAUGUUUCAACCAAAGAAAUAUGCAUCAUAUAAAGAAUUUAUUAAUAAAGGCAAUAUAGAAGGACAAGGGUAAUAAAGAAAGCCCCUCCACCCUCUUCUUCAUCUAAGGCUCUGAUAUGCCUCAAGGGAGCUUUAAGUAGAGCUUUAGGUAUAGUCACUCUCAGCCAUUUCUUGUGCCUUUAUGCACAAUGCACUUGAUGAAAAUUGCAUUCUGGAGGAACCUCUGGGCACUUAAAAUCCUGAUGUUUUUUGCAAAUGUAUUAGUGUAGUUGCCAGACAAUCAGCCACAACAAAAUAAAUGAAAGACAACAAUUAUAAUGUAAUAUUAGAUGUGGUUGACUAAAACAGGAAAAACAGAAAUGAUCCCCCAGAAAUAAUUGUGCAAGUGUUUUAACCUUUGCAGGAAAAACCCCAUUUCUAACCUCCUCCCCAAGCAAGUUCUCUUCCUGUAACACAAUUCAAGUUGUAUUUGUACAUACUAAUUUGUUUUUAUUCAAAAUGUUAUUGUCACUUUGUUUACAAGCUUUAAGUAAGGCAUAUGAUUGAUGGUAUAAUUUCCUAUUUACUACUUCAUAGUUAUAUGUAUCUCUAGAAAAUCAGAGUUUUUGACAGCAAUUUCAUUAAACUUGAACUAAAUGGA